UUAAAAAAAUAAAUUAGGCGGACAAAAAGAUAAAAUAAAAAUACAAGUAGUAUCUCCUUUGCCACCAUUUUCUCCAAUCUCUUCUCCAUCACUCACCCUUCGUACUCUCCGUCACACAAUCUCCGACGUCAUACUCCGACAAGGGUGACGUCAUCACCACCAUGUCACAGUCAUGACAAACUCACGUGACCGUUCACCAACCAUAACAACUGGCGGCGGAGGUGGAGGAGGAGGAGGCACGACGACGGCGAUGAGAGUAAUAGUACCCUUACAAGGUGUAGUACAGGGUCGAGGUGGUCUUUUCUUAGGUUCAGUUAUACCUUGUGCUCUUUUCUACUUCUGGCAACUCUACCUUAAACGCAACCGUUCUUCUUCUUCUUCUUCUUCCUCAAACUCCGGUGACAAUAACAACGAUGAAUCUAAUGCUUCAGAAAGGACCCAUUUGCCGGAAGUGUCUUCUGGUUCUGGGUUACACAGAGUUCAUUCGCGGAUUUUGUUGUCGCCGAAGGGAGGUACUGGGCAGUGUCAAGUGUCUGCUAGAGCUAAUGCCAUUGUUUCGAAGCAAAUUGAUGGGAGUCCGUAUUAUGUUGGAUUGAAAAGAGCUUCCGAGGAUGGUUAUGAUGAGUUGAGUAAUCCGGACGGUGUUAUCCAGCUUGGAUUAGCAGAAAAUAAGUUGUCAUUGGAUUUAGUUCAUGAAUGGCUGGAAGAAAAUGUUUCAAGAUGGAUGAUGACGACUCAGGAUUCGCAUAUUAGCAGAAUUGCUACAUAUCAGCCAUUUGACGGGUUGUUGGAGUUGAAAGUGGCUGUGGCAGGAUUUAUGUCUCAAGCUGUGGAGGGAUCAGUGUCCUUCAGCCCCUCGCAAAUGGUUCUCACCGGUGGUGCAACUCCUGCCCUUGAGAUACUGAGCUUUUGCCUAGCUGAUCCUGGAAAUGCUUUUCUUGUUCCCUCACCAUAUUAUCCCGAUCUUGAUAGGGACGUCAAAUGGAGAACUGGAGUAGAGAUUAUACCUGUUCCUUGCCGUAGUGCAGACAAUUUUAACUUGAGCAUUGAUGCUCUUGACCGAGCUUUUAACCAAGCUAAGAAACGUGGGCUUAAAGUGCGAGGGAUUAUCAUAUCUAACCCCUCGAAUCCUGUGGGCAAUAUGUUCUCUAGGGAGACGCUUUAUAACCUCUUAGACUUUGCAACUGAGAAGAACAUCCAUGUAAUAUCAAAUGAAAUCUUGGCAGGGUCAACUUAUGGAAGUGAAGAGUUUGUCAGCAUAGCAGAGAUAAUUGAUUCUGAAGAUUUUGACCGGAACAGGGUACACAUUGUGUAUGGUCUCUCUACGGACCUCUCUCUUCCUGGUUUCGGGGUAGGAGUCAUCAAUUCUUGCAAUGAAAAUGUUCUAGCUGCUGUGAAAAAAUUGACAAGAUUCUCAGCCGUUUCAACGCUAACCCAGCAUUUACUCAUCCAGAUGCUAUCAGAUGCAAAAUUUGUACAACAAUUUAUCAAAAAGAACAGAGAGAGGCUAAGAAGGAUGUCUUCUCUAUUUGUCAGUGGAUUGAAGCAGCUGGGAAUUGAGUGCAUCAAAAGUACCGGGGGCUUCUACUGCUGGGCUGACAUGAGCAGGUUAAUUCGGUCGUAUAAUGAGAAAGGUGAGAUUGAGCUUUGGGAUAAUCUACUAAAUGUAGCUAAGGUCAAUGCAACACCUGGUUCUUCCUGCCACUGUGUUGAACCUGGAUGGUUCAGGUUAUGUUUUACGACCUUAAGUGAGAAGGAUAUUUCCACAGUUAUGCAACGUAUUCAGAAAGUUUUGGAGGUACGUAAGUCUCUGAGUUAAGUUGCUAAUGACACAAUCCUUUACAGUGGUCAACCGUAACCAAAGGUCCGAAACUUCUGUAGAGAUUUCAAGGGUCGCGUGUUAUGUGAUUUUAGUGCAUCCAUAAGUUCUCAAUGUUCUGAUAAUGAGAUCAGGAUGCAGCUGGAAACUAAAUACAGAGAAAACAAAAAAUGCCCGAUUGUAAUGCAGAAGACAUUACAAAUGCUCUCCUCUCAAGUGUGUGAAUUUUGACCUGCCUCCGGAUUCUACCGAUUGAAGAUAGGUAAAUUAGCAGCCAAAGUUGAUGCAAGGAGAAGCAUGUAGCAUGUAGAAAUGGCUUCAAAUUCCAAAUUCUUUGUUCAUAGUCAAUAAGUAAGGUAGUAAAUCUUAUACACUUGUUAUUCCUCAUUGUUGUAUAGUUACAGAUAGAUGUAUGAACUCAUUAUUUCUUCACAUUCAUUCUUGUGGUAGCACUAGAUAAUGUUAUUCCAGAAAUGAAUUAAUUUCUUUCAUCUCUUUAAA